AUGAAACUCUUUUCAAGAAACAAGAAAAACGCUGUGGAGCAAACGGCCGAGGAACCCACUCAGGUGACAAAGCCUGCAAAGGAGCCCAAGCCCACGAAGGAGCCCAAGGAGAAGAAGAAGAAAGAAAAGAAGGAGAAGAAAGGCUUCUUCCUUCCCUACGAGAGCAAGGACAAGUACGAUUCCAAGCGCGGAUUCUUCCGACGAAGCUCUCGAAAAAUCACGAGUCCUACCGAGGAAAGGAAGAAGGGCUUCAAGCUCCCCUUUGAAAAGUCGGAGAGAAUUGACGAAGUGGCAGAGCGUCCCGAGACUCCCGUCGAGACUCCCAAGCCCGAGGACAAGCCCGAAGAAACCACAGCACCCACGGCGCCUGUCGAGGAGGAAACUCCCAAAGAUGAGGCUGCCGAACCUGCUUCACCCAGCAAGCAACAGACCGAACCCGCAGUAGUCCCAGAGACUGUCAACUCGGAACAAGACGACGAGGAUGACGACGAAGAGGAGGAACCACAA